GACGAGAUGAGCCAAAUGCUUGUUUCUUUCGAAUAUCAAGCUAAAUUUUCACUGGGCAACAUUAAACAGGCCCUCAAACGCAAUGGUCUGGCGUUCAAUGCUGACUUCAAGCAAUAUUUUCUGCGUGUUUCAUAUGAUCGGAUCAAGAAUGUGUACGAUGAAUUCGAAAUCGGUUCAAUAUUCGAGGAUGCGAACACGCCAGCAACUGACGAAUAUCCGAAUUUAUUUCAUACUCCAAGUCAUUAUAUGAACAAUUCCCAACGAAAAACCGAUGACCCAUUUGAAAUCAUUGACUCGAGCGACGAAGAGGAUCAACCAUCGAAAAUGCAACGUGCAAUUCGGUACAAUGGCCAUGACAUAUCACAUCAAUCAAACGAUUAUGUUGAAUUUGACAACGAUGGAAGCAACACCGAAAUGUCUAACAGGAAAUCAAACAUUUUUGAUUAUCAAGGAGAUGUUUCGAAGAACAGAUAUGUGGAUGUUAGUAUUAGGAAUGAAAUGGAAAACGCAAUGAAAGCGGAGGAAAUAGAAUUGGACGAUGGUACUCUGAUAGCUGCCAUCGAUGUACACCGUGCUAUGAACACAACUGUCCAAAACACAUCAACUGUCAAUUUUAACAAUGAAGCAAACAACGUCAAUGGUGCCAAAAAGAAUAACAUGAGAGCUUCCUCUCGAAAAGUCGGACGUCAAAAAAAGCCGGCUGAAGUGGGUUCAACUCCAAAAUUAUUGCGUAAUAGAAAGUCAACUUCAUUAAACACAAUGGGUACGAAAAAGCGAUUCCAGUGCGAAGUUUGUGAAUAUUCUAGCAAUCGCAAGUGGGGCCUCAUUGUGCACACGCGUACUCAUACAGGUGAAAAACCACAUCGAUGUGAUGUAUGCCAAAGAGAAUUCACGCAGCCAGUUCACUUGAAACAGCACAAAAUUAUUCAUAUCGAACAAAUUCCAUUCCAUUGUCGAGGCUGUCUCAGUGGAUUUUCACGAGAGGUCGAAAGAAAUGCACAUGAAAAGGUGUGCAAAAACCGUAGAUAUGAAUGUCAUAUCUGCAAGAAAUAUGUCACUGUUGGUAUAACUAAGUUGAAAAAUCAUAUGCGAACGCACAGCGGUGAAAAACCGUUUCGAUGCGAGAUUUGUAUGAUGCGUUUUACGAUGAAAUCUAGUCUAAAGAAACAUUUGGACACCAUUCACACCAGAAUCGAUCAAUAA